CUGUCCGCAGUCUCUGGUCAUCCCUGUGCUGUCCGCAGUCUCUGGUCAUCCCUGUGCUGUCCGCAGUCUCUGGUCAUCCCUGUGCUGUCCGCAGUCUCUGGUCAUCCCUGUGCUGUCCGCAGUCUCUGGUCAUCCCUGUGCUGUCCGCAGUCUCUGUCUCUGGUCAUCCCUGUACUGUGUCCGCAGUCUCUGGUCAUCCCUGUACUGUCCGCAGUCUCUGGUCAUCCCUGUACUGUCCGCAGUCUCUGGUCAUCCCUGUACUGUCCGCAGUCUCUGGUCAUCCCUGUACUCUCCGCAGUCUCUGGUCAUCCCUGUACUGUCCGCAGUCUCUGGUCAUCCCUGUACUGUCCGCAGUCUCUGGUCAUCCCUGUACUGUCCGCAGUCUCUGGUCAUCCCUGUACUGUCCGCAGUCUCUGGUCAUCCCUGUACUGUGUCCGCAGUCUCUGGUCAUCCCUGUACUGUCCGCAGUCUCUGGUCAUCCCUGUACUGUGUCCGCAGUCUCUGGUCAUCUCCUGUACUAUGUCCGCAGUCUCUGGUCAUCUCCUGUACUGUGUCUGCAGUCUCUGGUCAUCCCUG